AUGUGUGACUAUGUAACUGGUGAUGUGAUCGUGGUUGACCUUACCUGUAGUUGUCUCCGUGGGGCCUUCCAGCCUAACAACACCCUCUUCACGCUUAGUAAUGUUCAGACCCUCUACCUUCGGGGUAAUGAUCUCACUGGAGAUAUCCCAUCUUCCAUUUGUCGGAUGCAUUCGCUAGAAAACCUGUCCUUAGCAGAUAACAAGCUUGGCGAUCUCAUACCGCCAUGCUUGGGAAACCUUAGCAAAAUCGCGUACUUGAGCUUGAGUUUUAACCGAAUGCAAGGUUCAUUGCUGAUGCGGUUACUCGCGUGUAUGCUGCGUCAAUUGCCCAAAUCCCUAGCUAACUGUACCAGGUUGGAAUAUCUUAGUCUUUUCUCGAAUGACAUAACCGAUUCUUUCCCACACUGGCUGAGAACAGUCCCGCUAGGGGCUCUGCAACUGGGUAAAAACAACUUCCAUGGUCUUGUCGGACCUUAUCCUUUGGCACUCGACUUCCCUCAUCUCAACAAACUGGCCAUAAAGAUGAAUAAUUUCGCCGGCAGCUUGCCUGCCAAGUAUUUUCUGCAGUCAAACUUGACGUAUAUUGACUUAUCGAGCAACAAGUUUGAAGGUGCUCUGCCGAUCUUACCACCCACAUUAGAAAUGUUUUUCCUUUCAAGCAACAGGUUCACUGGAGAGAUUCCUCUUCUGUUAUGCAAUUCUACCAUUCUCGUGACCGUUGAGUUGUCAGACAAUAGCUUGACCGGCAGAAUACCUCAGUGCCUCGUGGAUGGGAGUGUCAGCGUAUUGGACUUAUACCUAUCUAUGAAUUCCUUUCGAGGCCCAAUACCUGAAACAUUAUCAGUUCCAAACAACUGCAGCUUUACAACUAUUGACUUAUCACAAAAUCAUUUGGGAGGCAAAUUGCCAAGGUUCUUGGCAAACUGCAGCAAGCUGGAAACUUUAGAUCUCAGUAACAAUGAACUCCAGGAUUCAUUUCCCAGUUGGCUUGAAGCUCUCCCGAGCCUGUACAUUCUGAUUUUAAGGUCGAACAAGUUCCAUGGUCUAGUAAAUACUGGUGGAUCGCCUCAACCCUUUUCCAAGCUGCAAAUUUUUGAUCUCUUCAAUAACAAUUUCCAUGGUGCUUUCCCAACCAAAUAUGUUGCUAGUUUCAAAGGCAUGACAGGUGGAGAUGAGAAACGAGGGAACUUCGUUUAUCGGGCGGGGGACAGCCAAAUCUUUUAUGCUGCUAGUGUGAUUGGGAAAGGGAACAACCUGACGGGCCCUAUCCCGUAUUCAUUUGGGAAUCUGACUAAUCUUGAAUGGCUAGACCUCUCGCUGAAUAAUCUCUCUGGAGAGAUCCCCGGAUCCUUAGCUGAUCUAACAUCACUGGCAUACUUAAAUCUCUCCAUGAACUGGCUCAUGGGACCCAUUCCUAAGGGCAAACAGUUCAACACAUUCAAGAGCGACUCCUUUGGGGGAAAUCCCGGGCUGUGUGGAUUUCCAUUGCCAAGAGAAUGCGGAGAGGAUGCAAACAAACCGCCACCAUCAACUCAUGCAGAAGAAGAAGAUACGGAGAAGGGAAGUUGGAUCGAAUGGCGGGCAGUACCAAUGGGUUAUAGAUGCGGGACUGCAUUUGGACUUUCAGCAGGAUAUAUCAUGCUUCAUUUCCGGAGACCACUAUGGCUCAUGAGGAUGAUGGAGAGAAGAAUAUACAAGCUGCAAAGGAGAGCUAGAAGAACUCGUGGAAGGUGA